AUGCCGUUGCGUUACCCUGCUAGCGCGCUUCUAGAGGCGUACCGCCUCAUCUGUCUUCGUUCAGUUCUGGAGUACGUCGAGGCCGAGUUCGCCGUUUUUCUCGCGGCAAUGGACCUAGUAGCUGCUGCCCGCUAUGGUGACGAGCCGGAUGACGACUAG